AUCCCACAGCGCGAAAGCGACUCGUUUGGUUUCAUGUCUGAGCUGUACAUGAUAACAACACUGUAGGCAAGCAAACAUGUCAAAAAUAGACAAGAUGAGCAUCCUGGGGGUGAGGAGCUUUGGGAUUGAAGAUAAAGAUAAACAAGUCAUCUCUUUUUUCACUCCUCUGACAGUACUAGUUGGACCCAAUGGAGCAGGGAAAACGACUAUUAUUGAGUGCCUAAAAUAUGUAACAACAGGUGAAUUUCCCCCUGGUUCUAAAGGAAGUGCUUUUGUCCAUGAUCCAAAGGAUGCCCACGAGACAGAUGUGCGAGCACAAAUUCGACUUUUAUUCACUGAUGUCAAUGGAGUGAAAACGACCAUUCAUCGCUCCAUGUCCUGUACUCAGAAGGCAAAGAACUACUCCUUUAAAAGCUUAGAGCAGGUCAUCAGCAGAGUGAUAGACGGUGAGAAGGUGAGCUUGUCAGCUAAGUGUGCUGACGUGGAUCGGGAGAUGAUUUCUGCACUGGGCGUAUCUAAGCCUGUGCUGAACCAUGUUAUCUUCUGCCACCAAGAGGAGUCCAACUGGCCACUGAGUGAGGGCAAAGCUCUCAAAGAGAAGUUUGACUCCAUCUUCGCUGCAACCAAGUACAUUAAAGCUCUGGAAACAAUGCGUCAGCAGCGUCUAAAACAAGCCCAGACGGUCAAAGAGUGUCAGGUGGAGCUGCGUUACCUGAAGCAGAACAAGGAGAAAGCUCAGCAGAUUAGAGAAACAGUGGCCACCAAAGAGGCUCAGCUGAUGGCCUCUAAAGAUAACGUCCAGCAGAUAGAGGGCCAGAUUGAUCCUCUGGAGAAUCGAGUGACAGACAUUGAUAUGAAACUAAGCAAAGUGAUGAAGCUGGACAACGACAUUAAAGCCUUGGACAGCAGAAAGAAACAGAUGGAGGAAGACAACAAGGAGCUUGAGGAAACAAUGGAACAGGUGUUCCAGGGUUCAGAUGAGCAGCUGCAGGACCUUUACCAAAACCACCAGAGGACGGUGAAGGAGAAGGAGAGGAGGCUGACAGACUGCCAGAAGGAGCUCGAGAGGGCUGGCCGAGAGUGUCAGAGGCUGACCAGAGUCAAGGCUGAUCUCCUGGUAGAACAAGGUCGUCUUCAACUUGAGGCUGAUCAUCACACUCAGAACAUCAAAAAUCGGGAUACACAGGUCCGCUCCUUGUCAUCUUAUCUGGAGAUGGAGGGUUACGACCGACCGCCCUUCACCACUCUUCAGCUUCAAAGCUUUCAUCGCCACGUCACACAGAGACUGGAGCAGGAAAAAGAGACUGUCAGUCAGGUUAUGUCUGACCUGCAGGAACGGGAGCAUCAGAAGCAACAAUCUAUUGAUGAGAUGAGAGACAAGAAGACUGGCCUGGAGAGGACAGUGGAGCUGAAGAGGGAUCUACAGGGGAAGAAACAACAAGAACUGAGGAAUGUCAGAACAGAGCUGCAGAGGCUGGAGGGUUCAUCUAGCCGACUGCAGGAACUGGAGAGUGAAUUAGCUAAAGUGGAGCGUGAGCUACAGAGUGCCUUGCAGAGCUCUAACGUGGAUGAACUGAAGGCUGAAGUUGUGGAACUUCAAAAGGAAAAAGCUGAGCUUGACCGCAUACAAAGACAACUUGACCAGGAGAUGGAGACCCUCAACACACACACCACUGCACGUACGCAGAUGGACAUGCUGAAAAAGGACAAGACCGAGAAGGAAGAGCAGGUUCGUAAGAUCAAAUCUCGUCACAGUGAAGAUCUGGUGUCAUUGCUGGGUCACUUUCCCAACAAGAGAGAACUGGAGGACUGGAUCUAUGCCAAGUCAAAGGAAAUCAACAGUACCAGGGACAAACUUGCCAAACUGAAUAAGGAUUUGGCUUCAAGUGAGCAGAAUAAGAGCCACAUUGCUGCUGAGCUGCGUAAGAAAGAACAACAGUUGGCCAAUGAUGAAGAGAAGUUUUUCAAUGUGUGCGGGAGUCAGGAUCUGGAGCAGGACCUAAGCAAACUGCAAGACGACCUGGAGAAGAUAUCAAAGCAAAGAGCCAUGCUAGCUGGAGCCACAGCAGUUUAUACCCAGUUCAUCAGCCAGUUGACAGAAGACAGGGAGCCCUGCUGCCCUGUGUGCCAGCGGACUUUCCCAUCAGAGUCCGAUCUGCAGGAGGUGAUCAGUGACAUGCAGUCGAAACUACGCCUGGUGCCAGACAAGCUGAAAAACACAGAGGGAGAGCUGAAGCGGAAGGAGAAGAAGAAAGAAGAGAUGAUGGCUCUCAGACCUGUCAGGCAAUCCAUUUCACAGUUUCAGGAAAAGGAACUACCCGAGUUAAGGAACCGUCUGCAGGCUGUGAACAGAGAGAUUGAAAAGCUGAAGGGUGAUGUGGAGGAACAGGAGACUCUGUUGGCAACUCUAAUGUCAGAGGAGGAGACGGCCAAGGCCUGUCUGCAGGACAUAUCUCUCAUGGACAGAUAUCUGUUGGACCUGAAAGAGGUGGAGAGGAAAAUAGCUCAGCAGACUGCCAAACUCCAGGGAGUGGAUCUGACCAGAACCAUUCAGCAAGUCAGUCAGGAAAAACAAGAGACUCAGCACAAGCUCGAUACCACUUCCAGCAAGAUGGAUCUAAAACGUAAGCUGAUCCAGGAUCAGCAAGAGCAGAUUCAAAUGCUAAAAAGUACAGUUAAUGAGACAAAGGCAGAGAAACUCCAGUUGAGCAGUGAUAUGCAGAAGCAGCAGCAGCUGGAGGAGCAGUGUGUCGAGUUCACCACUGAGAUACAGGCGUUGACCAGGGACAUCAGGGACGCUAAGGAACAGCUUUCCCCGUUGUCUGCUACACUGGAGAAGCUUCAGCAGGAAAAGCAGGAGCUGGUGGAGCGCAAAAGGCAGAAGCAGGAGGAAGGGCAGGAGAAGAUCAGUGCCAUUAAAGAGAGAGUGAAGGUGAUCACCACUUUGGAAAGAGAUAUCACCAAAUACACUGAUGAAGGAAAAGAAGAAUACAAAGAGCAAAAAGAAUCAGAGCUUCAAGAAACCGGUGCACAGCUGCAUGAGGCUGACAAGCAAAAAGAGAAGAUCAAUAAAGAGAUGGGAAACAUCCGUCAGGAUAUAGACACUCAAAAGGUUCAGGAGCGCUGGCUGCAGGAUAACCUGACCUUGAGGAAGCGUGUUGAGGAGUUGAAGGAGGUUGUAGCCAAACGUGAGGCUCUUAUGAAAGACAUGGGCAACAUGCAAGUCUUACAGCUACGCCAAGAGCGUCGGGAAGCUGAACGCAAACUGGAGGAUUUGAAGAAGAACCGCAGUAUUGCACUGGGUCGUCAGAAGGGUUUUGAGGAGGAGAUACUUCACUACAGAAAAGAGCUACGAGAGGACCAGUAUGAUAAAGCUGAUGAGCGCUAUAAAAACAAGAUGAUCAUAAUGAGGACCACAGAGCUGGUCAUUAAAGACCUGGAUCUCUACUACAAGGCCCUCGAUCAAACCAUCAUGAAAUUCCACAGCAUGAAGAUGGAUGAGAUCAAUAAGAUCAUCAGAGACUUAUGGCGCAGCACCUACAGAGGUCAAGAUAUCGAGUACGUGGAGAUCAGGUCUGACAUGGAUGAGAACUCGUCUGCCGGAGUGAAGCGCAGGGUUUACAACUACAGGGUGGUUAUGGUGAAAGGAGACACGGCUUUGGACAUGAGAGGACGCUGCAGCGCUGGUCAGAAGGUGUUGGCAUCUCUGAUCAUCCGUCUUGCUCUGGCAGAGACCUUCUGUCUCAACUGUGGGAUUUUGGCCUUGGAUGAACCCACCACCAACUUAGACCGAGAGAACAUCGAGUCACUGGCGCAUGCCCUUGUAGAAAUCAUUAAGAGCCGCUCUGGUCAACGCAACUUCCAGCUGCUCAUCAUCACCCACGAUGAGGACUUUGUGGAACUGCUGGGCCGGUCCAGUUACAUCGAACACUUCUACCGCAUCCGCAAGAACCAGGACCAGAACUCUGAGAUCACCAAGUGCAGUAUCUCGUCACUGUCGUCAUAUCUGCACUGAGUCCACCACAGACUCUUUAACAGUUCUUUGGAAAUAACUAGUUAAUGUGGGUGGGAAAAGACUACGUUCAUCCAGUUUCAGAUGGUGGACCACAAACAAUGACACAGAAGCUCGAGGGAAGCCCACAGUCAGUUCAAGAAAUCCAUGCCCACCCAGAAUGCAUUGCUCUGCUGUGUAGUUAAAUCACAACUGAACAUAAAGUGUGAUUCCUGUUUUGUUUGAGCAAAAUGGUUCGAAGUUUGUCAUUACAUUUCCGUGUUCGUAACUGCUACUGUGCAAGUUCAUAACUUCAUUAAAUCACUUGAAAGAAGCUCA